AGAGCGAGAGAGGAGGGAGAGUUCGUUUACCGGACUGAAACAAAAAAACGAAGACACAUUUUAAACCCCCCUCGGACAACAUUGUAACGGAAACUUUAAACUUUUUACCCGCCGUCGCUUGGCUACAGUGCCGGGGUCCUGGCUUUUGUUUUAGCGGCGGGGGGUGGACGAGAAUAAAAGCGGGAGUAAAAUAUCUCCGGAUCGGCAUUUUUUUCCACGCAAGAGGGGGAAUCCCUUGGCCAGUGUGUGUAUCUACUAAAGGAACAAGAGAAUGGCGGCCAACAUGUACAGAGUCGGGGAUUACGUGUACUUUGAGAACUCCUCCAGUAACCCCUACCUGAUCCGCCGGAUAGAGGAGCUCAACAAGACGGCCAAUGGAAACGUGGAGGCCAAGGUGGUGUGUCUGUUCAGGAGGAGGGACAUCUCAGGCAAUCUCAACACUCUGGCGGACAGCAACGCACGAGACUUUGAGGAGGAGUCCAAGCAGCCCACGAUAUCUGAACAGCAGAAACACCAGCUGAAACACAGGGAGCUGUUCCUGUCCCGCCAGUUCGAAUCCCUACCCGCCACACACAUACGGGGCAAAUGUAACGUCACACUCCUGAAUGAAACGGACGUGCUGGUGAGCUACCUGGAGAAAGAGGACUGCUUCUUUUACUCGCUGGUGUUCGACCCGGUCCAGAAGACGCUGCUGGCGGACCAGGGGGAGAUCCGGGUCGGCUCCAAGUACCAGGCCGAGAUUCCUGACAAGCUGGCAGAAGGGGAGUCGGACAAUCGAGUGCAGGAGAAGCUGGAGACCAAGGUGUGGGACCCGGACAACCAGCUGAAAGACCCGCAGAUCGAUCAGUUCCUGGUGGUGGCGCGGGCUGUAGGGACAUUCGCCCGUGCUCUGGACUGCAGCAGCUCCAUCCGCCAGCCCAGUCUGCAUAUGAGCGCCGCUGCCGCCUCCAGAGACAUCACACUGUUCCACGCCAUGGACACUCUUCAGAAGAAUGGCUACGACCUGGCGCGGGCCAUGUCCACACUGGUGCCGCAGGGCGGCCCGGUUCUGUGCCGGGACGAGAUGGAGGAGUGGAGCGCCUCGGAGGCCAUGCUCUUUGAAGAGGCGCUGGAGAAGUACGGCAAGGACUUCAACGACAUCCGCCAGGACUUUCUGCCCUGGAAGUCUCUGGCCAGUGUGGUCCAGUUCUACUACAUGUGGAAGACCACAGACCGCUACAUCCAGCAGAAACGGCUAAAGGCGGCGGAAGCGGACAGCAAGUUGAAGCAGGUUUACAUCCCUACAUACACCAAGCCCAACCCCAACCAGAUCAUGGCCCCUGGGAACAAGCCCGGCAUGAACGGUGCGGCAGGCUUUCAGAAAGGACUGAGCUGCGAGAGCUGCCACACCAUCCAGUCCCCGCAGUGGUACGCCUGGGGGCCUCCCACCAUGCAGUGCCGACUGUGCGCGUCAUGCUGGAUAUACUGGAAGAAGUACGGAGGCCUCAAGACCCCCACUCAGCUAGAGGGCGCUGCACGAGCCAGCACGGACACAGCCACCCGUCCACACAUGACCCGUCAGGAGGUGCAGGGCAUGUCCCCCUUCACCAGCAGCGCGGGCCGGGCCAAGCUGCUGGCCAAGAACCGACAGACCUUCAUCCUCCAGACCACCAAGCUGACCCGCAUCGCCCGGCGGGUGUGCCAGGACAUCCUGCAGCCGCGCCGCGCCGCCCGCCGCCCCUACGCCUCCAUCAACGCCAACGCCGUCAAGGCCGAGUGUAUGAUCAGGCUUCCUAAGGCUUCAAAAGCGCCUGUCAAGAACCGGCCAGUUGCUAGACCGUCCCUGGUUGCCAUCGUUAAGGAACUAGCUGUCCAGGCUCCCCUGAAACUGAAGGCUCCUCGGGGGGCCCCCACACCCAUCAACCGUAACCAGGCCAACCAGCCCCGGGGUCCCUCCAACCUGCUGGGCAAGAGGCCGUACGACAGCGUGGCAGGGCUCCCAUUUUCCACCAAUGGCAGGCCAUUCCCUUCAGGCAUGAGGACAACCUCCCAAUCUGUAAUCAAACGUCAGAAGGUCAACCCAGGAGACGCCCCCAACCCUGUGGUGUUCGUGGCCACCAAAGACACCAGAGCCCUGAGGAAACACCUCUCUCAGGCCGAAAUGAGACGCGCAGCCAGGAAACCCCACCUCCCCGUCCGGGUGAAGCUGCCACUGCCCCCCCGGCCGCUGCCCACCCCCAUCUUGCCCUCCAGCACCAGCGAGCCCAUCGUACUGGAGGACUGAGGCAUGCAGGGAGUCCCCCAGGCAGGAAGGGGGAGCAGUUUCACCUGGCAGGACGCAAACGCCAUAUUUGUAGUUCUUUCCUUUCCUUUUUGUUGUUUUUUUUUUCUCCUUUGUUGUGUUACUUCCUGAAUACCUUGUGUGCAUGCACACACAAAAACACAUACACACACACUCUCAAACACGCACAUACACUGUCUCAUGCACAAACACACACACUCACACUCAUUAGGCUUCGCUGUGUUUUUAUAAUCUGGCUUUGCUGUUAAAACCUUUUGGUUUAAUUCCUUUCAUCUUUUUUAAAUGACAGUUUUUAAAAUGUAUAAUUUAAAGCGAAUAAUAAUGGUCAUAAAAUAAUGAUGAUGAUGAAAAAGCACACUUUAUUUUUCCUCCAGGUCUGUCUAUCUUUUCCUUUUGUAAAUAUUUUCAACAUUUGAGAUGGGACAUGUUUUUUGGGAGGGGGGUAGGGAAGGGAAUUUGUAAGGAGUUAUUUGGGCGAUGCUCUGCUAUGAUUAGGUCACCCACACUUUCUCCCCACCCUCUUCAUCCACCAUAUUUCUUAUAAGAAACUGUGAAAAAACUGUACCCAUUUCUGUUUCCCACCAUCUUAUUAAUUUAGUCACUUGUGAAAGUAUCUCUUUUGUCCUCCCCUUUAGAUUUCAGGUAACCCCCAUUCGCAUGGCAGUGAAGAAGUAGCUGCCAUUGGCUUUGACUUAGAUUGGAUUUUCAUCUUCAUUUCGCUAGCCCAUCCUGGAAGACCACAGGGGGCGGGGGUGCUGGUGUUACAGACCUAAGGCCUGUGUUGCUCUUAAAUUGGAUUGGAGAAAAACAAGUUGGCAGUUGCUAGAUUUAUGGGUACUUGCAUGCCCAUGCGAUUUCAGUUGUGAGUGAAAUUAAACCUGAACACUGCUGGGGCUUAUGGUUGUGGUCUAAGUGCUGAUAACUAGCUAUUUGCUGAAGUCAUGAUCAGGAUAAAUGCAUCCCUUUGACUGGCAGUGAAUAUCAGCACCCCCCUCCCCCGGAGGCAGCGAAGGACUCAGCCCCUCCCUGGAAGCGCUUUGUUCAGCAGGGUUCAGGGCCGGAGACCCUGCUGAAUGCAUGAUUGUUAUCACACAUUAGUCACCAGGUGUCCCCUCCUGUCUCAGCUUCCCUUGUCGACCUUCACACCCUGACCACUUUGACCCCAUUAUAGGCACGCCUUCUGGACUUUUCCCAGUGUGAAGACUGCUGCGUUGGAAAACUUUAAGACAGGGAGCGUUCAGCUUUAGUGUUAUUCUCCUUUACAAUGCCAUUUUCAGUGAGUUACCUUUUCAGUGACUUAACUUUAACUUCUUUAACCUCGGUUAAGGUUAGUUGAUGUUAACGUAGAAAGAGGAAUAAUUAUAAAUGGGCAUGAUGACAGUUUUUGUUUAAAAAUGCCAUUUUGUGUAAAAGGAGACGUGGCCACCUCUAAGAGGGAAUUGAAUCGGGGAGCAUUUGCUCAGUGUGACAGCUGGACUAGACAAGAUUGGACAAGAUUUCUUGAGCUUUGAAAAAAAUAAAAAAACUGCCAAGAUUGUACAGAUUGAGGUUUGAGAUGUGCCUGUGUGCAUGGCGUAUGCAUACACUGUAAGGCUCAGUAAGGUUUGCGUGCGCCCCUAAAGCCUUUGCUGUAGGAAAGCAGGUCUCCACCUCCCACUUCUGUGGGAGAUGCGUUAAGCCAUAGCCCGUGCUGGGUGGAUGGCUCUGCUGGGUAUGUCUAAAGAUGGAUGUGCGUCUGGGGCAGUGCUUUCUGUGUUCGGAUAAGCUGGGUUCGCAGUCAGGUGAUGUAGUUAAUUAAGGAGCAGGUGGAUGUGAGGGAGUUUUGGAAGAAGUCGUGGUUCUUGAUACUUGUGUGUCUGGGACCAACAGAGGAGGGGGGGCUGGUUAUCAGUCUUUUCGGGUGACAUCAUCAGCGUUUGUUUGUUUUGGAAGGGGGUGGUGGUGGUGCUUGGAGCUCCCUGUGUGCCUAAUUCAGUACCAUCAUAUUUCACUGUUCUCACCUGGCUUAUUAAUGACCUACAGGGUGAGUUUACAGUGAAAUUUAUGUGUAAGAAGGUCCCAAGACUGAGUUAUGUGAUAUUUCUGAGGCAGAGUGAGAAUUGCACACCGAGCAGAAAAAAAUUAAUCUUUAAAAAAAAAAAA